AACGCUUUGGAUAUCGUCAUUUUGUCGUUUUGAUAACAUCUUAAAUUAAUCCCGAUAAAAGAAAGAAAAGCAGAGGAAAAGUCAACACAAUGUUUACACUUUCCGCCUGAGACGAAUUUCGUCGCCCAAGAGAAGAAUGCCCACGAAAGGAAAAUAACCACGACUGUGGACUAGUUCAGUAAAGGUUUGCAGGACGCAGCAAACUUUUCUCGUUAGUUUGAUUUAAACAAGGAGUGAGGAGUAAAGAAGUAUUUUGAAGUAUAGCUCUUGCUUCUCUUUUGUGCGCUUUUUAUGGAUUGGGGUUGAUCUCUCGAAUCCUCACAAAUCAUAGGCUACUCUCCACAAUAUUUACAAGCCUAAUAUUUUUCAUACAAUAGACAAUCUUGCGUGGGAGAGUUAAAGCUUAUAACCAAACAAGGAAACAGAGGAAUACUACAAAAGCUUUAUGGUGUGGGGAAUGGCAGCAGCCACUUCCAGUCCUUAUCUGGCCAGUAAUAGGAUCCUCUCUACCGGCUCCAUCGUGCACUCUGACCGGGGUGGCGGUGGCAUGCAGCAGGGUAGCACCGCUGUCACCUCAGUGUCCGGAGGAUACAGAGGGGACCCAUCUGUAAAAAUGGUCCAGAGUGAUUUCAUGCAGGGUGCUAUGGCGACGAGCAACGCGGGGCACAUGCUGAGCCAUGCCCAUCAGUGGGUCACCUCGCUCCCUCACGCUGCCGCAGCCGCCGCCGCGGCCGCCGUUGCUGCUGCCGAGGCCGGCUCCCCAUGGUCCUCCAGCCCCGUAGGUAUGACGGGCAGCCCGCAGCCGCAGGAGCUGAAGAGGAGCACGGGGCGGGAAGACAUGCACUCUGGCUCUGCUCUGCACCACAGGUCUCCGCAUCUAGGCUCCCACCAGACACACCCAGGUGCUUGGGGAAGCACCAACGCCGGGCACAUCGCCAUAUCGGAGGGGCAGCAGCAGUCGUUAAUUUACUCACAGCCCGGGGGAUUUACGGUGAACGGGAUGCUUAAUUCACCGGGGAGUCAGAGCAUGAUGCAUCCGGGACUGGUUCGAGGGGAGUCCCCAGAGCUUGACCAUCACCACCAUCACCACCACCACCACCAUCAGCAGCACCCACACCAUCAUCAGCACCAGGGCGGGGUGAGCCACGACACACACUCCGACGAGGAUACGCCGACAUCGGACGACCUGGAGCACUUCGCCAAACAGUUCAAGCAACGACGGAUCAAAUUGGGUUUCACCCAAGCGGACGUGGGAUUGGCCCUGGGCACGCUGUACGGCAACGUGUUCUCCCAGACCACCAUCUGCAGAUUCGAGGCUCUCCAGCUCAGCUUUAAAAACAUGUGCAAGCUGAAACCUCUGUUGAACAAAUGGCUGGAAGAGGCUGACUCCACCACGGGCAGCCCAACCAGCAUCGAUAAGAUUGCUGCGCAGGGCAGGAAAAGGAAGAAGCGCACCUCCAUCGAGGUGAGCGUCAAAGGCGCUUUGGAGAGUCAUUUCCUUAAGUGUCCCAAACCCGCCGCACAGGAGAUCACCUCCCUGGCAGACUCACUGCAGCUGGAGAAAGAGGUAGUCCGGGUCUGGUUCUGUAACCGCAGGCAGAAGGAGAAGAGGAUGACGCCGCCAGGACUGCCGCACACACCCGAGGAUGCGUACUCGCAGGUGGGCAACAUGAGUUCAGACUCACCAUCACCAUCCAUUGACUGCAAACGGAUGUUCAGCGACACGUGAGAAUACUAGGCCUAUACAAUAUUGCGUGGACUAUAUUUAUUGACAUGCAUCGACUUGACAAUGGACAUUUUUGCCGUGAAAUUGAACUGGGCAUUAAUUGAAUUUACUUUUAAUCAAAAUAAACAGCAGAACAACAUGGAAGUCUUUACCAUUGACGUUGAAGCUGUUAUCUGUGUGUCAGCUAGUAUUUUGUUUCUUAGGGGUGUUGGGAUGGGCCUGUGGACUUGAACGAGAAGGUUAAACCUAUUUUCAUCAGGUAACUUUGAUGCACUAACAAAAUGUAAACUUUCUAUAGCUUUUCGGUCACAAAGACCAUCGAGGUGCACAUAGUUAAUAACAGUGGAAUUUAAAAGUAAUGUUUCUGAUAUAAUAGGCCUAACCACGGUGAUCUGUGAUCUAUGACUUAUAACAUCUCUGCCCGUAGGCUGUUGCCCGGUUUAGUCCACCAAAAGUUAUAUCGGAGUUAUUUACCCUACUUUGCCCCAUUGAUAAACGUAUACCCUUCCAUUACACACUUUUAUGAUUUAAUACAAUGUUAAAACCAAUUGAAAUGGAAUUGAAUUUGAAUAUAAAACGAAAAGAUAGGCUAUUAAAGUUUUUUAUUCCAAAUGUUGUGUUCUCUAAAUCUUGGAGCAUCGCGUUGAGUAGCCUGCGUUUGAGAAACAAAAAAGACGUAGGCCCUGUUCAUCAACAUUUUCAUCAGCCUAUAUUAUUAUAUCAUUUGAUGUAUUAAGAGCAAUAACCGAUGUCCCUCAAAACGUAUAACUCUUCCCUUGUGCAGUUUCCGUUGUUAACGUGUGUAGACUUUUAUUAUGAUGAGAACCGUGACUUUCAAUGAAGCACUCAUUCCCAAAACGUGUUGUAUUGUAUAUUUUUGUGUGACAA